AUUUUAUUUAUCCUUAUUCUUGUAUUUUGUUAUUUUAUUCGUAAAUUAAUACAUGUUUAAUUAGUUAAUUAUGUUUUAAAAUAAAUUGAUUUUUGUAUUUUAUCAUGGAAACUAAAAUUCCUGACAUAACUUUGCUCAAAGUCCCUAAAUUUUUGGCACUUCAGUGGAGAAACAGUGAAAAUCACUCCAUCAUUGGCAAUUGUAGACGGAAUGAAUUGGGCGAAUUAGAAGAAUUUAGAGUGAACUGUGAGGGUGAAUUUCGGUUCUUUAAAUGUAGAAAAACUACAUUAUCCAAUCCUGUUGCUGUACAAAUCGACCCUAAAUCAUCAAAUCUGAGAUUUAUCGGUAAACUUUCAGAAUGUUUGACUAUUUUUCCUUCUUUGGACCAGGCCUAUAAACGGAAACUCAAGGAACGCCAUAUUUGUACAAACGUUAAAAAACCAAGGAGCACAACUGAUGAAACUAGAGAGGAUCCAUCUUUUGAUUCUUCUGAAACUAUUUUCAAAUAUUAUAAUCCAAAAACAACGACAGUUGCUGGAUUGAUGUCAGAUGAUGGUUCACGCCCUCUUGAGGAUACUCCGUAUAACCGUUCUAGAGCCAAAAGCAAAAAAUUACCAACAAUGGAUCCUGAUGAGUUGAAACUGAAAAUUUUCAAAAUAUUCGAGUCGGAGGAAGCAAAAGAUGGGAUUCAACUCAAGAGGGUUGUUCAACUCACAGGUCAACCCUUACAAAAUGUCAAAUCAGCUGUUGAGGAGAUAGCUAUUCAAAAGAGGCGUCCUACUGAUUAUAAAUUGGUCUAUCGUCUAAAGGAUCUAUACACCUCAGAUCCCACCAAAUGAUAUCAAAUAAUUUUAAUUUAUUUUAACUCAAUAUAUGAUCCA